GAGUUUCUUUGGCAAAAAAAUGUUCUUGAAAAGAAGCAAUACUACAGUAUCAAUAAUGUUUUGGAAAUCUGAAUCUCCAAUCACGCAUUUCAACUCUUAAAAGUAUUAUCCCUUUCUUCUUGUAUGUAGUUAAAUUCUUACUUUACUUUCUAUCGAAAUAUGUUUUCACAAUUAAACAAAAUACAGUGGAUAAUUUGAAAUAUAUUAAUUUGUUAUAAUUUUUUAUAAUAAUAAACGUAAAAUCCCUUGUUUUAUGAAAAACGAAAAUGGUCUAACUUACACCACUAUAUAUUCAUAACAUUAUGAUAAACAUUGCUUGGUCUUUAAUGAGUUAAUAGUUAAUAAAAAAUUCAAAUUUUCUUGAAAUGUGUCGUUCACUCGUUACCACGACAUCUACCAUGCGAAUCAACACGCGGUCGGUGAUGUCAAGUGCUUCUGCAACAACUUAUAAAGAGGACUGAUAAAACCAGAUAUAGUUUAGUCUCGUGCCUGGCGCUCACACAUCUUAAACCGAUCGUAAACCCAGUUUCUCUGUAAACCGCGGCCGAGCGUGGCACGGAACUCGGAACAGUGAACGACCGAGACAAUCUUGCAACAACGUAGAAGGGCGAAAACUUUCUGACGUUCAACGAGAGACGAAAUUGCACCGAGGUUUUCUACACAGUUGAACGGAAACCCGUGAAACUUCGUUUAUGGAGAACUACACGUCGGACUCGAGCGACUCGGAUUCCGGCAGCAAGACACUGGAUCUGUCCUAUUUGAUGCUCGACCCUCAAUUACUAGACGAUCAUUUCAUCAAUGCCAAGAAUCCGGAACAUGUGGACACCUUGUUACUUCAUCAGAAUCGGCUGACCAGUAUUCCACAGUCGAUAGUCAGAUUCACGAACUUGAACUCGUUGGUCGUAUCAAAUUGUGGCCUUCAUCGGUUGCCCGACUUCUUCGAGGAUUGUCCUCUGACCUGCUUGGUAGCCAAGCACAAUAACUUCACGAAUGAUUCCUUACCGAAGAAUUUCCAAAAUCUGUCGAGACUCAGAGAACUGAAUCUCAGCGGCAACAGGUUAACAGAUUUUCCGGAGCAGGUUUUUGACUUGACGGAUCUUAAGUACCUGUAUUUGGGUGGCAACCAAAUCACUGAGAUCAGUAAAGAUGUUUGGAAGCUGCAAAGAUUGCAAGUGUUAUCGAUGGGAGGCAACAGACUGACAGAAGUACCGUCUACCUUAGGCGAACUGAUGUCUCUCCAGGCGUUGGUAUUGUGUGACAACAUGCUGGAAAGCCUACCUAGUUCCAUAGCAAAGUUGACGAACUUGAAAUCACUGCUGCUUCACAAAAACAGACUGAGGACACUGCCUACCGAGAUCAUCACGUUAAAAUGUCUGACGGAGUUAUCUUUGAGAGACAAUCCGUUGGUAGUAAGAUUCGUGUCGGAUAUGACACACAAUCCUCCGUCUCUGCUGGAGUUGGCUGCCAGAGUUAUCAUGACUAACAACAUCCAAUAUGACGGGGAGAGUAUACCAAGAAACCUGGUGGAGUAUCUAAACAGCGGUCAUCGUUGCGUCAACUCGAAGUGUAAAGGUGUGUUCUUCAACAACAGAGUGGAACACGUCAAGUUCGUCGAUUUCUGUGGCAAGUAUCGUCUACCUCUGCUACAGUACCUUUGUAGCAGGAAGUGCAUAGAAUCACGGGACGGAGACGAAGUAGUCAGUGGCGCGAUGAUAAGGAAGGUUCUUCUGGGCUGAUUGAUAUUACUGGAAUUUUGUAUUAAUAUUACCGAAGGCUGUUACGUUUUGCGUUCAGAGGGCGUUAACGACUGAACUAUCGCGCUAUUCAUCGGCGAAUUCUCUCUCUGUGCUCAAAUCAGAUCAAACACGAGUAUCAGGUUCAAGAGUCGAAGGCUAAGCAUAGAGAUACGCGAGGAAUUACGUUCGACAAUAAAUCAAGCGUUUCGAUCAGACAAAUUUGAAAUUGAAAAUUACGUUAAAAUCGAAAGUUGGAGGGAAGUGGAAGUUCGAGGUCGAAUUUUUGUUCGUCGACCGAGCACUCGUAUUGACUAAACGACAUUGUCGCUAAGAAUAAAAAGUCUUUCAAAGAUGACGAAUUACUUUUACAAAGUCUUAUAUGUAUGAGUCUGCUUACGCAUACAAAUUUGUCAUAUGCGUGAACAAAUAUUUCGUAAAAUAAAUAUUUCAUCGAGAUCGAUUCGAGCUUAAUUCGCUUCAUACUUACUCCACCGUCCAUCGUGCGGAACCGUCGCGAAUGAAACCGCAGUGUCUGUUAACCGUGUUAUCGUUUUAUUGUUAAAUAAACCACAAAAUCUACAAUAAUAAUAAUCAUAGUAUCAUAGAGUCUCCGUAGGAACGGAGGCGUUCGAUCCUCGCUUAAAACACAUCCACUGAUUUAUUUCUACGAUUACCGAUUAUCGACUAUUCUCGUGUGUGAACCGUGUAAAACUGAAAACAUCCGACAAGUGAACGGUAGCGAAGCGAACGAUGUUACUUAAUCAUCGUGAUUCGUCGGUAUAGAGUCGUUCAAGAUUCAUAGAGAACAUCGUUAUCAUAUCUUUUUUUCCAUUUUCUUCGUCAUCUUUUUUAAUAACUCGAAGUUAAGUCGGUGACAAUUCUUCGUGAAUAAUAGCAAUAUCGUAAUAAGAGUUCGCUAGUGUUUUUUUUUUUUUUUCAUUUUUCUUUCUGUCAGGAUUUUUUUAUCAUUUUUUCCUUUUGUUCUUUAAUAUCGCAUAUAGCGUCGCCGCGUUCUGUUUAAUUACCUAUACAUACAUAUGCAUAUUCAUAUAUAUGCGCUCUGUUAUUUUAUACAUUACAUACAUGUAUAUGUAUGUACAUGCUUGGGUUUCGUUCCCCCCCCUCAAAACCCCCACUCUAUUUCUCCAUCGAACGAGUAUUCUUUUUGCUCACACGCAUCAGGCACUCCGUUUUGCUCGCACACAGCCACACGUUCGUUCUUUUUUUCUUUUUUCUUUUUCAUUUUUCUUCUCUUCUCCUCGCCCGCCAUGAUCUUUCACGGAUCGGCAAGUUGUCUUAAUUUUUUUAAUAACUACGCUACUCCCUUUCUCUUCCGCUUCGUUUUCUUCUCCACGUUUCCUCGAAUCGCUCACGCUAACCACAUUUCGUACGUUCGCGGAUUCUCUUCUUCCUCCAUUUCACAAAUUAUCUAUAUAUAUAUAUAUAUAUAUAUGAUAUAUAUAUAUAUAUAUUAACACAAUUUUUUCCUAUUAUAAUCGUGAGUAACGAGUAACCCUCUCGGUAUGGCGUUUUACGGUUCAUCGCUGGUGUGAACGGUGCUGUCGAUGAUUAAUAGUGCGUUAUGGACGUUUUUUUUUCUCUUGCUGCUUACUUUACAGAGUAUGUAUAGUAAAAA